AUGCUUAUAAGGAUCAAAGGUAGCAAACGUCCAGACGUUCGUCUUGUAGCACCAAAGUAUACAUCUCUCUGCAAUUACGGGGUUUACAUGCUGGUUACUCCUGAAAAGCUAUUUUUUUAUUACGGUAAAUACUCAAGUCUUCGCGAAAGAACCAAGGCAAGCUUUUCUAUCACUUCUAAAAACGGCGAACUUGGCUGUCAUGCUAGGACAGCAGAAAAUGUUAAUGAAGUUAAAAAGUCUGAGUUUUGGACGCUGCUAGGUUGCUCCAGUGCCAAAGACAUUAUGGAUGAUGAAGAGCGAAAUAAAGCUUUUGAAGGAGAUGAACCUUUUGAAACAUAUAUUGCAAAAACUAACCUUAUUUUUCAAGUUUGCGAUGAUUAUUCAAUAAAGACAGUAUUAUCGGGAUCUGCGCCUUCACGCAGUAUUAUGCAGCCAAAUUUUAACAUGAUUUUCGACUUCGGUUCAGAAAUUUAUAUAUGGGCUGGCCGCGCUGCUGAUAGGACGGGUUUUCAGAAAGCAUUAGCCUAUGCUAAAGAACUCCAGCAACAGUCUGCACCACAUAUACCAGAUAACGACUUUAGCGAAAAACGACCCGAUUGGUGUAUUUUUUUAAAAAUGUCACAAGGACUGGCAGACUGCUUGUUCCGAGACAAGUUUACUGACUGGGUGUCCCCAGACGACGAAGCUACAUUUAAAAUACGGAAGCCGCUAAUUGUUAAAAGAAGAGAAAUAAUCACAGAGAGUUUUGAGGAGACUACGGCUAAGAAUUUGGCAAACCUUUUGGCGCGUACGCCCACUGAGGUGCCACUGAUUUUGGAGGAGACGGAAAUUGGUCGAGCAGCGGAAAAUAUAUUUACUGAAGACAUAAAUUAUUAUCGAGUAGACGGAGAAGAUAAGUUGACAAAGCUGGACGAUCUAAACUUGUUUUUUACAGAAGAGUGUUAUAUUAUUCGAUGGGACUACCGCGUGGAAAAAGAAGGUAUUGGUAGAUUGGCUGGUCUAGAAACUGACAGAGAACAUGACACUGGAAGACAACGCAUAUGUUACUUUUUUUGGCUGGGGUCUGGAACUACAAACAAAGAACAAGGCGUUUGCGCUUUAGCAUUAAGGAACUUUGACCGUGAGCACCAGCCUCAUGUUAGAGUAGUACAGGGCCAAGAACCUUUCGUUUUCUUAAGCCUGUUCAAGGGAAUGCUAGUAGUCGCUGGUCACGAAACUCGCGUUUUCCUAGUUCAUUCAUCAAAUAUUAUGAACGAGUGCCAUCUAGAAGAAUUGCCGUCACCAGUGGUGCUGAGAUCACAUGCAGCGUACGUAAUAGUCACUAAUAAAAUAACUAUCUGGUUUGGAAAGGAUUCUGCUACCAGAGAGAGAGAAUGUGCUCGAUUUGUCGCGCAGCGCCUGUCUUAUACUAUUGUCAAGUACAAUGUACUUUUUUAUCUAAUCUUUAGGGAUACAAUAAUAGUUGAUCAAGGGAAUAGUAUUUGGCUGUGGACCGACACCAUUCCUGUAACACAACACUUGCGAGUUGCUUCAGAAUAUUCCAAAGAACGCUCAGGAUCAGCUACUGUGAUCUGUAAAACUAAAGAACCUGUGGAGUUCAAAGCGCUUUUUCCGACUUGGGUAGACUUUGUUGAUGAAAAAAUUCCUACGCGUGACAAUCCUAUUAGUGUUGAGGACCUGCUGAAAAAAAGGAACCAAAAGUACCCGCUUGAGAAAGUACGGGCUCGUGAUCUGCCAGAAGGCUCUGACUUAAAACGAUUGGAACAGUAUCUGACUGAUAAGGAUUUCGAAGGUGUCUUUAAAAUGGAUCGCGGUACGUUCUACGCACUACCACCAUGGAAACAAAUAAGCUUAAGAAAGAUGAACGAUUUGUUUUGA